AUGGCUGUCGGCGAAUUAGUGAAGAAGCAGUUCACUGCGACUAAACUAAUAUUCCAUGUCUUAUUUUGGGGGGUUCAUUGGUUCUUCUUUGGUUACGGAUGGUGGAAACAGGCCAAAGACCCCAAGUUAGCUGGUCUGAAUACACUAGCAUGGUCCGUAUGGUUAUCUCGAGGUGCUGGUUUAGUUUUGGCCAUUGAUGGAACGUUGAUUUUACUACCUGUGUGCCGAACGUUUGUACGAUGGAUACGACCUAAGAUCAGGUUCCUACCUUUGGAUGAGAAUAUUUGGUUCCAUCGUCAAGUUGCCUAUUCCAUGCUACUUUUCACCGUCAUCCACGUCGCUGCUCACUAUGUCAACUUCUAUAACGUGGAAAAGACGCAGAUCCGACCAGUUACCGCGAUCGAGAUUCACUAUACCCAACCUGGUGGCAUUACUGGUCAUGUAAUGCUCCUCUGCAUGUUAUUGAUGUAUACCACUGCUCAUCAUCGUAUCCGCCAACAAUCAUUCGAGAGUUUCUGGUACACGCAUCACCUUUUUAUUCCGUUCUUCCUUGGACUUUAUACUCAUGCCGUCGGUUGCUUCGUUCGCGACACUGCCCUGCCCUUUUCUCCAUUUGCUGGUGAUAUAUUCUGGGAGCACUGCAUUGGCUACCAGGGGUGGCGAUGGGAACUGUUUGCAGGCGCCUUUUACCUGGCCGAGCGUCUUUAUCGGGAAGUGCGAGCUAAGCGUACCACUAAGAUUACUCGAGUGGUUCGCCAUCCAUAUGAUGUUGUGGAGAUCCAGUUCGAGAAGCCUUCUUUUAAGUACAAGGCUGGCCAGUGGCUUUUCCUACAGGUCCCCUCGGUCUCCGGUUACCAAUGGCAUCCGUUUACUAUCACAUCUUGCCCAUACGAUCCCUACGUCUCAGUCCACGUUCGACAGGUUGGAGAUUUCACUAGGGCAUUAGGUGAUGCAGUUGGUGCUGGUAGCGCACAAGCCAAGCUUUACGAGGGUGUUGACCCUAUGGGAAUGUACGAAGUCGCUUUACAGAAUGGACAGCAAAUGCCUUUGCUUCGAAUCGACGGACCGUACGGUGCGCCCGCCGAGGAUGUAUUCGAAAACGAAAUUGCAGUACUUAUUGGUACGGGUAUCGGUGUGACGCCAUGGGCCUCUAUCCUGAAGAAUAUCUGGCAUUUACGCAACAGCCCGAACCCGCCUAGACGUCUUCGCCGUGUCGAAUUCAUUUGGGUGUGCAAGGACACUGGCUCUUUCGAAUGGUUCCAGACCCUCUUAUCGUCCCUCGAAUCUCAAAGUAACGAGGCGGCUCUCAUUCCCGGUAGCAACGGUGUGGAGUUCUUGAAGAUUCACACUUACCUAACCCAGAAGCUCGACAUGGACACAACGCAAAAUAUCGUGCUAAACAGUGUUGGUGCCGAUCACGAUCCCUUAACGGAACUUAAGGCGCGAACGAACUUUGGUCGACCCAACUUCCUAAGAAUGUUUGAAGCAAUGCGGGAUGGAAUUAUGGAUCGAACAUACAUCACUGGUCUAGAGGGUAGCAUGCAGACAACAGUUGGUGUAUACUUCUGUGGUCCUGCUGUAGCCGCCCGUGAUAUCCACAAGGCAACCAAGAAAGCAACAUCUAAAGAAGUCCGCUUCCGGUUCUGGAAGGAACAUUUUUAA